AUGAAUCAAAGAGGUUUGAAAAAGAACCUGAAUCAUCACAGAGAUACAGAUCCUAAUGUUAAUAACAAUCAUUCAUUUGAUUUAAAAAGAAAGAAACAAAAAUUUACCAAUAGUACCAAACAGAGAAAUCACAUCAAUAAUAAUGAUUUUAGUAUAGAAUUGAAGUGCGAAGUGGAAGAACAAGAUUGUGACAGUUUACAUUUAGAUUCUGAAAUUGAAAUCAAUUCUAAUGUAAAAGAAUCCAAAGGUCAGUUAAAAUCGAAAUCUCAAUUGAAUAAAUUGGAAGAUAAGUUAAAAUUCAAUGGUAAGUUAAGACUGGAAGAUAAAUUAAAGUUGGAAGAGAAGUUAAAAUUGAAAUGUAAGAAUUCAAGUAAAGAAGUUAAAAUAAAUGAUAUUGACACUAAGGGUGAUUUAAAUAAUUGCCUAAAUGGCAAAGAUUCAUUUGAAAACGCUUGUAAUCAUUCACCGACUCGUGAUAGCCAAGAGAAAAUUCCUGUUGAUCUGUUUAGUGUGCCUCAUGAUAAGACAAUUUUAAACAGUUUUGAAAGAAAAUUAAAGAGUUUAAAUGUACCAAUCACAAAAGACAAUGAACACACUAAUACAAAUAAUAUACACAAUGAUGUAGAUACUACUAAUAAUGUACACAAUGUAGAUACUACAAAUAACCUAAAUGAUGUAGACAUUGAAAAAAAUGGAGAUAAUGUAAAUAAUCACGUUGUGGAUGAAAAUGUAGAAAUAAAACCGCGUAAAAGAGGAAGAAAGCCCAAGAUAAAGAGAAAUAUAUCUAAAUAUAAAUUAAAUGAUGUUAAGAAAAUUGUUUCCGACACAAAUGGAACGAAACCAAACGAAGAUGAACAGCUUGAAGAGAAUUUGUCUAAUCCAAAUGAGUCAAUUGAGUACAAAAAUCAAAAGAUCAAAAAUGAGAUGGAUAACCAUAGGAAAAAGAGAACAUAUAAAAAAAGACCAAAGUUAGGAGAAGCGAUUAAUUUAUUUAACAAGGUGACGAGGAGGUCUGAAAGUAUAUACGAAAUGCAACUUCGAAUGGCAAUUGAGAUGUCAAUGAAAGAUUGUAAAUCAUACGAGUUUCAAGAAGAUUACAAACCAUUGGACAUUGAAAAGGUGGAAGAUACAGAGGGAAAUGAUGACAAAGAUAGUGAAUAUGAGGAAUCGAAACCAAAGAAGAAGAAAAAGAUUGUAAAAAAGGUAAAAAACGGAAACCUGAAAGUAUCAAAGAAGAGAAGUAAAAAGUCAGAAAGUACAGAAGUGUCAACACCAAAAUCGGAAAAUAAUGUAACCAGUGUGUCUUCAAUAGAAUAUUUAAACACCGAUUCUCUAGACUCAAGAUUUGAAAACUCUGAUUCCAACUGUCUGAAUGACUCACAAGAUGACAAGGAUAUUGAUAAGACUGUUGUACCAAGUGAAUCUGUUCAGGUGAAAGAAUCUGAUGAAACUGUUUCUCAAGCCAAGAUGACAGCGUUUGAAGAAUAUCUUUCAAUGUGUGAAAGGUUUUACUGUGGCAAAUCAUUGGAUGAUGAUAUAGCACAGGUCGUUUAUGAAACAGAUGUUAAAAAUACAGUCAAGCCAGAAAUUAAGAAAAAUUCACAUUCUCAAACAAAGAAAUAUAAAGAUUCAGACUCAUCAAGUAGUUCCAGUACAAAUGGUUUCAAUAACUCAGAAGAGCAAUUGAAUGAUUCAAAGGGAUGGAAGGAAAAACCACAAGAUGAUAGGAUUCUAAGUUUCAAUUGUUCAAGACUUGAUCUUAUAUAUAGAGUUUCAUUUAAUAUCCUCAAAAGUUCAUUAAGGCAACCAGAGGUAAUUGACCUCUGGGGACCAAAAGAAGUUGUUCUGUUCGAGUUAGGUCUUUUUAAAUAUGGCAAAGAGUUCCACGAAAUACAAAAGGACAUCCCAAACAAGUCAGUAAAGGAAAUUGUGGAUAUGUACUACCUGUGGAAAAAAUCUAAUCGAUAUAAACUUUGGAAGGCUAAUAGAUACUACUAA